AUGGACUCGCAAAAGUCCCUACUAGAGACAUCCGGCGCCAGUGGCAACAAAGAGAAGCCAGCUGGCACGGCUGCAGUGGACCAGCAACAACAGCCUAUAUCCAAUAGUCCCCCAAAGGAUCUAUCUCGCGAUGUUCGCGCCCCCUUGCCAUCCGCCUGUGAUAUCCUGCAGCCUUUGUCCUGGCGCACGCCACUGCCGUCGAGUGGUCACCUGGCCGCCAUGCUAAGCCAGGAACGGCAUGUUGGGAGUCGACCGUCGUUGACUGAGACACCAGCGGAGCCAUUGUCCCCUGAAUCCUCGUCGACACAUGCCGCGCCAGGUGGCAGCGUUCAUGCAAGCGGAUCGCACCAAGGAUUCUCUGAAAAUGCAGAUCAGGAGGCAAAGAGGAGCCCUAGGUCAGGGUCAGGGUCAGGAGCAGGAUCAAGCGAGCUAGUGAAAACCCCACAGAGUGCGUUUUUGCCUCCCUCUACCGGGAUAUUAAGUGAUGGGCGGUCUCGCUUAGGAUCUAACGUGGUGUCUACGGCGCAGAAGCGAAGUGAAACCGUCCAGCAUCUUCAAGAUACAGACGAAAAUGGCGUGCGGAAGUGGAAGCGAAAGGUGGUUGAAUAUAGUUGA